AUGAAUUUAUGGUCGCGAGGUGUAAGUUGCGUGUUCGUGCUUGUAAUCCGUGAACAAGUCCCGUUGGGAGCUAAAACGUUUGUUUUUAGCCUAAAAGUUAUUGGUGCAGUGUCGUCGAUCGUGUGCAGUGGUGUGUGUGCAUACGUGUGUGUUUGUGUUGUGCGUGCAAAUCGCGCGCGGGAUGGCGCGCAGCUAGCGAUCCGCGCCCGCCGCGGCAUGCGUGCUGCCUAG